CCUACCUCCUCCUAACCCACCAUCGAGUCACCAACCUCGCACCCGCCACCGCCUCCGCUUGGCCGCUCUCCCGCCAUGAAGCAGCUCCACAAGUCAUCCCCCACCCACGCGCCGUCGCCGGCGCACGCUCCGGCGCCGAAGGCGGCCAAGCAGGCGCGCCCUGGCCCGCGCUCCUGGAUCGGGUACCUCCUCCGCGAGCAGCGCCUCCUUUUCGUCGUCCUCGGCGCGCUCAUCGCCUCCACCUUCUUCCUCCUCCGUCCCUACCUCUCUCUCUCCCCAUCCUCCCACCUCCCCGACGCCCGCCCGCUCUUCUCCUUCGCCGCCCGCUCCGGCGUCCCCGCCGGGUACCGCCCGCCGCCGCGCCGGGUCGUCGUCACCGGCGGGGCCGGGUUCGUCGGCAGCCACCUCGUGGACCGGCUCCUGGAGCAGGGCGACAGCGUGAUCGUUGUCGACAAUUUCUUCACGGGCAGGAAGGAGAACGUCGCGCACCACCUCCGGAACCCGAGGUUCGAGCUGCUCCGCCACGAUGUCGUCGAGCCAAUUCUCCUCGAGGUCGACCGGAUCUACCACCUCGCGUGCCCCGCGUCGCCUGUGCACUACAAGUACAACCCGAUCAAGACGAUCAAGACAAAUGUCAUGGGAACCUUGAAUAUGUUGGGUCUGGCAAAGCGAAUUGGUGCAAGGUUCUUGUUGACUAGCACAAGUGAAGUUUAUGGUGAUCCACUUGAGCAUCCACAGAAGGAGACUUACUGGGGGCAUGUUAAUCCUAUAGGUGUUAGGAGCUGUUAUGAUGAGGGAAAGAGAACAGCAGAGACUUUAACCAUGGACUAUCACCGUGGUGGUGGUGUUGAGGUGCGUAUUGCUCGCAUUUUCAAUACAUAUGGUCCUCGUAUGUGCCUCGAUGAUGGUCGUGUGGUCAGCAAUUUUGUUGCACAGGCACUACGUAGACAACCAAUGACAGUUUAUGGUAAUGGAAAACAAACUCGAAGUUUCCAAUAUGUUUCUGAUCUGGUUGCUGGACUGAUGGCUCUUAUGGAGAGUGAUCAUAUUGGUCCAUUUAACUUGGGAAACCCCGGAGAGUUUACCAUGUUGGAGUUAGCACAGGUUGUGAAGGAAACAAUUGAUCCAAUGGCAACCAUUGAGUUCAAACCCAAUACGGCUGAUGAUCCCCAUAUGAGAAAGCCAGAUAUCACCAAGGCCAAGCAACUGCUUCAUUGGGAGCCAAAGGUCUCUCUCAAGGAAGGCCUUCCCUUAAUGGUGACAGAUUUCCGUCAAAGGAUCUCGGAUGAGUAACCGAAGCAAUGUUGUGGUAUUGGUGACCCAUUUGAUUCUGAAUGAUGCUGCAAAUAUGGUGAGAAGCACUUCAUCAACUGAAGCCACGCAGUACAAUGUACUGUAUACAUGAUAGAUUCUGUAGAAUCUCGUAGUCCCCACUUGAAAUAUGGGGAUUCUGUCUACGGGAAUAGUGCCUUUUCCUGUGAAAUAGCUGCAAAGUUCAUGUGAAAUUCAUAUUAAUUUUAUUUGUACCUUGGCGAGACAGAACAGAAGUAGUCAAUUAAUUUUGUGCAUGUGUGGAAGAAUUCCAGAUGUGGUCGGUGAGAGGUAGGAUAUAAUACUGUAUUUCAUGAGCCUUUGUAACACGACAUUAUGGAUGCUUGAUUAUGUGAAAAAUGUAAUUGAACGUGUUUUGCCAGCUCA